CCACGCUAGAGUGGUCCUUCGCCCUAUCAGCAUGCAGGGCGCUCCCCACAUCAUGUGCCUGCGUCUUGCGAGACAGCUGGCGCCGUCGAUCUCAGAUCUGGCCUCACGCCACCAUCUCCCGUCACCCUCUUCUCGCACCUCUCGUGGCCCAGCAUGGUGUGGAUGCCCGGCGCGCUGCCGAGCGAGCCCGCCGAGCAGGUGGGCUAUGUGAUUGACCUGUACAACCGCUCCGGCCCGAUGAUAUGGACGAACUUCAUGUGCCUCGGCUUCCACAUCGGCACCUGGAGCACGCACUUCACCACAGACUGGCAGGUGCUGCGCACCCGCGGCCCUAACAAGUUCGCCUACUUCACUGCUCGGCUGGCAACGUUUGCCGCGCUCCUCACCGGCUGCGUGCUGGGCACGUACGGCGGCGUGAGCGAGACGGCAGGCAAUGUGCUCAUCAAGACGUACUGCGUGCUGCUGGCCACGAGCAUCGCCGCCGUCAACGCCGUCCUCCUGCUCCGGACGCUCGCGAUCUGGAACGACCGCUGCUGCGUGCGCUACCUCUGCAUCGCCGCCUGGCUCGCCACAACGACCAUUCACAUGUGGCUGGAGCUGUGGCUCCUCCGCGCGGCACCCGGCCCACUGCCCGGCAUCACCGUCGUCGGCACGCGCUCCGUGCGUGGGGGCUACGUGCACAUCGUGCCAUACGUGUGCUCGCUGGCGUUCUGCAGCGUCAUGACGGCCUUGACGUUCGGCGGCGCACGAAGGAGUGCGCCAAGUCUGGGCGCGCUCGAGCUGCUCAGACUGCAGACGCCCAAAGGCGCCCGCUCGCAGCGCGGACAGAUGCUCAUCCACCGGCUGCUCAGCGCGCAUUUGCGGUACAACCUGGCCGUCAUGGGGCUCACCGCCGCCGUCGCCAUCCUCCUCGCGCUGCCCGGCAAGCGCAACCUGCAGUGCGUGCCGCUGCCCAUCUUUGUCGUGUGCACGUCGGCCGUUGCGUGCAACAUGGUCCUCCACACGCUGCGAGGCCGUCAAGUCGUGCACUACGAGCAAACGAUGCCUGGACCAGCAGCGCCGCAGCGCCACGGCCUCUCGCGGCACGACUCGCCCGACAGCAAGUCGUCGGGCGAAGCGUCGCACAAGCACGAGCUCGACGUGUGCUCGCUCGAGCGGCAGGACUCGCAGCAGACGUUCGAGAUCAUCGAGUCGCGCGAGGCACACGUGCACUGCCGCACCUGCUGCUGCGCCUUCGAGCCGCUCACGCUGCCGCCGCCAUUGACCUCGCUUCAGCGCCGGCCAGUCGACUUCAUCACGCGCCAGCGCGGCUUCGACGACAUCCAGACGCUGCCGGAGCUGUCGCUCGACCACUCGCCCGGCUCGCUGCCGGAGGGCGUGCUCGACGCGCCCACCAGCCCGCAGCUCUCCGUGCGCGUGCUGCGCGAGGUCACGACGAGCGUCGAGCGCUGCGACGUCACCACGAGCGUCCAGAGGCGCGUCAGACACAGCACCGACUGAGGAGCGCCCUCACUCUUUCCCUCCUCCUCCUUACAGCAGCCCCACACUUUCCUUCCUCACUGCGGCGCGU